AUGCCUUUUCAAAGUUUUUUUUCGUUGUCCAAUUCAAAUCUUUCUUUCUACCCAUUUCCCAGAAUUUUUCCUUUUUUUCUUUUUUCAUCUCCUUUAAUGAAAUUCCCCCAUUUUUUUUUAGAUUCAAAUCUACUUUUUUUUGAAAUUGAUUUCUUUUCUCUCUUCAUCUUUCCUCGAUUUUCUUCUAAUUUUUUCAUCAUUUUCAAUCCUUCCUUUUCUUCCUCUUUUUCCAAAAAUUCCUCCUUUCCUAGAAUCCUUUCUCUCUUUUCUUAUUUUCAUCCCCCUAUUGAUUCCACCAUUUCAUUCUUUUGGGGAUGGAUCUAUCUAUCUAUCUAUCUAUCUAUCUAUCUAUCUAUCUAUCUAUCUAUAAAUACACAUCUAUCUAUCUAUCUAUCUAUCUAUCUAUCUAUCUAUCUAUCUAUCUAUCUACAUACAUAUAUAAAUCUGUUAAUAUCUCAGUAUAUGCAUAUCUAUCUAUCUAUCUAUCUAUCUAUCUAUCUAUCUAUCUAUCUAUCUAUCUAUCUAUCUCAGCCUGUUUAUAUCUAUCUAUCUAUCUAUCUAUCUAUUAUCUAUCUAUCUAUCUCAGUCCGUUUCUAUCUAUCUAUCUAUCUAUCUAUCUAUCUAUCUAUCUCAACCUGUUUAUAUCUAUCUAGCUAUCUAUCUCAGCCUGUUUAUAUCUAUCAUUCAUCCAUCUAUCUAUCAUUCAUUCGUCUAUCUAUCUCAUUCCCCUGUUUCUAUCUCUCUAUCUAUCUAUCUAUCUAUCUAUCUAUCUAUCUAUCUAUCUCAGCCUGUUUAUAUCUAUCUAUCUAUCUAUCUAUCUAUCUAUCUAUCUAUCUAUAUCAGCCCGUUUAUAUCUAUCUAGCUAUCUAUCUCAGCCCGUUUAUAUCUAUCUAUCUCAGCCUGUUUAUAUCUAUCUAUCUAUCUCAGCCUGUUUAUAUCUAUCUAUCUAUCUAUCUAUCUAUCUAUCUAUCUAUCUAUCUCAGCCUGUUUGUAUCUAUCUAUCUAUCUAUCUAUCUAUCUAUCUAUCUAUGA